CUCUGUCAAUCUUGGUAGGUAGAUAGCGGAAGUCGAUAUUUGGCUUUUGCGAGGGAAGAGAGGAGCAGAAAGGAGCGCGCGGCGACUACUGAAUUAUAUCAUCAACCCAGUCAGCGAGCGAAUCACUUUUAGUAAGUCGUAUUAGCUACUUAGCUAUCACGUCGUUAUUGUGAAGAUUACUUGUUGACUUCCGCAAAACUGCAUGCUUGCUCACUGCAAGUUGACACGAAAGUAGCUAACGUUAGCUAUCUAGCUAGGCUGCUAACCAUGCUUGCACGCGCUAACGUUACUUACUACUGUACUUUCUACACUAACGUUAGCUAUCUAAACGUAUUAUUAUCAAUCAAUCAAUCAAUUUUAUUUUAUAUAGCCCUUCUUACAUCAGCUAAUAUCUCGAAGUGCUGUACAGAAACCCAGCCUAAAACCCCAAACAGCUAGUAAUGCAGGUGUAGAAGCACGGUGGCUAGGAAAAACUCCCUAGAAAGGCAAAACCUGGGAAGAAACCUAGAGAGGAACCAGGCUAUGAGGGGUGGCCAGUCCUCUUCUGGCUGUGCCGGGUGGAGAUUAUAACAGAACCAUGCCAAGAUGUUCAAAAAUGUUCAUAAGUGACAAGCAUGGUCAAAUAAUAAUCAGGAAUAAAUCUCAGUUGGCUUUACAUAGCCGAUCAUUAAGAGUUUAAAACAGCAGGUCUGGGACAGGUAGGCGUUCCAUAACCAUUACUUUAUCCUAUCCCAGGUAUUCCUUAAAGAGGUGGGGUUUCAAAUGUCUCCGGAAGGUGGUGAGUGACUCCGCUGUCCUGGCGUCGUGAGGGAGCUUGUUCCACCAUUGGGGUGCCAGGGCAGCGAACAGUUUUGACUGGGCUGAGCGGGAACUGUGCUUCAGCAGAGGUAGGGGAGCCAGCAGGCCAGAGGUGGAUGAACCCAAUGCCCUCGUUUGGGUGUAGGGACUGAUCAGAGCCUGAAGGUACGGAGAUGCCGUUCCCCUCACAGCUCCGUAGGCAAGCACCAUGGUCUUGUAGCAGAUGCGAGCUUCAACUGGAAGCCAGUGGAGUGUGCGGAGGAGCGGGAUGACAUGAGAGAACUUGGGAAGGUUGAACACCAGACGGGCUGCGGCAUUCUGGAUGAGUUGUAGGGGUUUAAUGGCACAGGCAGGGAGCCCAGCCAACAGCGAGUUGCAGUAAUCCAGACGGGAGAUGACAAGUGCCUGGAUUAGGACCUGUGCCACUUCCUGUGUAAGGCAGGGUCGUACUCUCCGAAUGUUGUAGAGCAUGAACCUACAGGAUCGGGUCACUGCCUUGAUGUUAGCGGAGAACGACAGGGUGUUGUCCAGGGUCACGCCAAGGCUCUUCGCACUCUGGGAGGAGGACACAACGGAGUUGUCAACCGUGAUGGCGAGAUCAUGGAACGGGCAGUCCUUCCCCGGGAGGAAGAGCAGCUCCGUCUUGCCAGGGUUCAGCUUGAGGUGGUGAUCCGUCAUCCAUACUGAUAUGUCUGCCAGACAUGCAGAGAUGCGAUUCGCCACCUGGUUAUCAGAAGGGGGAAAGGAGAAGAUUAAUUGUGUGUCGUCUGCGUAGCAAUGAUAGGAGAGGCCAUGUGAGGAUAUGACAGAGCCAAGUGACUUGGUGUAUAGCGAGAAUAGGAGAGGGCCUAGAACUGAGCCCUGGGGGACACCAGUGGUGAGAGCACGUGGUGCGGAGACAGCUUCUCGCUACGCCACUUGGUAGGAGCGACCGGUCAGGUAGGACGCAAUCCAAGAGUGAGCCGCGCCGGAGAUGCCCAGCUUGGAGAGGGUGGAGAGGAGGAUCUGAUGGUUCACAGUAUCAAAGGCAGCAGACAGGUCUAGAAGGACAGAGCAGAGGAGAGAGAGUUAGCUUUAGCAGUGCGGAGAGCCUCCGUGACACAGAGAAGAGCAGUCUCAGUUGAAUGACCAGUCUUGAAACCUGACUGGUUUGGAUCAAGAAGGUCAUUCUGAGAGAGAUAGCAAGAGAGUUGGCUAAAGACGGCACGCUCAAUGGUUUUGGAGAGAAAAGAAAGAAGGGAUACUGGUCUGUAGUUGUUGACAUCAGAGGGAUCGAGUGAUGGUUUUUUGAGAAGGGGUGCAACUCUCGCUCUCUUGAAGACGGAAGGGACAUAGCCAGCGGUCAAGGAUGAGUUGAUCAGCGAGGUGAGGUAAGGGAGAAGGUCUGGAGAGGAGAGGAGGGGAUAGGGUCAAGCGGUCAGGUUGUUGGGCGGCCGGCCGUCACAAUUCGCAAGAUUUUAUCUGGAGAGAGAGGGGAGAAAGAAGUCAAAGCAUAGGGUAGGGCAGUGUGAGCAGGACCAGCAGUGUCAUUUGACUUAACAAACGAGGAUCGGAUGUCGUCAACCUUCUUUUCAAAAUGGUUGACGAAGUCAUCCACAGAGAGGGAGGAGGGGGGAGGGGGAGGAGGAUUCAGCAGAGAGGAGAAGGUGGCAAAGAGCUUCCUAGGGUUAGAGGCAGAUGCUUGGAAUUUAGAGUGGUAGAAAGUGGCCUUAGCAGCAGAAACAGAUAAAGAAAAUGUAGAGAGGAGGGAGUGAAAAGAAGCCAGGUCCGCAGGGAGUCUAGUUUUCCUCAAUUUCCGCUCGGCUGCCCGGAGCCCUGUUCUGUGAGCUCGCAAUGAGUCAUCAAGCCACGGAGCUGGAGGGGAGGACCGAGCCGGCCGGGAGGAUAGGGGACAUAGAGAGUCAAAGGAUGUAGAAAGGGAGGAGAGGAGGGUUGAGGAGGCAGAAUCAGGAGAUUGGAGGGAGAAGGAUUGAGCAGAGGGAAGAGAUGAUAGGAUGGAAGAGGAGAGUUAACGGGAGAGAGAGAGCGAAGGUUGCGACGGCGCAUUACCAUCUGAGUAGGGGCAGAGUGAGUAGUGUUGGAGGAGAGCGAGAGAGAAAAGGAUACAAAGUAGUGGUCGGAGACAUGGAGGGGAGUUGCAGUGAGAUUAGUAGAAGAACAGCAUCUAGUAAAGAUGAGGUCAAGCGUAUUGCCUGCCUUGUGAGUAGGGGGGGACGGUGAGAGGGUGAGGUCAAAAGAGGAGAGGAGUGGAAAGAAGGAGGCAGAGAGAAAUGAGUCAAAGGUAGACGUAGGGAGGUUGAAGUCCCCCAGAACUGUGAGGGGUGAGCCAUCCUCAGGAAAGGAACUUAUCAAGGCAUCAAGCUCAUUGAUGAACUCUCCAAGGGAACCUGGAGGGCGAUAGAUGACAAGGAUAUUAAGCUUAAAUGGGCUAGUGACUGUGACAGCAUGGAAUUCAAAUGAGGAGAUAGACAGAUGGGUCAGGGGAAAAAUAGAGAAUGUCCACUUGGGAGAGAUGAGGAUUCCUGUGCCACCACCCCGCUGACCAGAUGCUCUCGGGGUAUGCGAGAACACAUGGUCAGACGAGGAGAGAGCAGUAGGAGUAGCAGUGUUUUCAGUGGUAAUCCAUGUUUCCGUCAGCGCCAAGAAGUCGAGGGACUGGAGGGUAGCAUAGGCUGAGAUGAACUCUGCCUUGUUGGCAGCAGAACGGCAGUUCCAGAGGCUGCCUGAGACCUGGAACUCCACGUGGGUAGUGCGUGCAGGGACCACCAGGUUAGAGAGGCAGCAGCCACAUUUUACAUUUUAGUCAUUUAGCAGACGCUCUUAUCCAGAGCGACUUACAUAUUAUUAUUUUUUAUACUGGCCCCCUGAGGGAAUCGAACCCACAACCCUGGCGUUGCAAACACCAUGCUCUAUCAACUGAGCUACAUCCCUGCCGGCCAUUCCCUCCCCUACCCUGGACGACGCUGGGCCAAUUGUGCGCCGCCCAUGAGUCUCCCGGUCGCGGCCGGCUGCGACAGAGCCUGGAUUCGAACCAGGAUCUAGUGGCACAGUUUUGCACUGCGAUGCAGUGCCUUAGACCACUGCGCCACGCGGUGUGAGGCAUUUGUAUAGCCUGUGCGGAGAGGAGAGAACAGGGAUAGACAGAGGCAUAGUUGACAGGCUGCAGAAGAAAAUGGCUACAAUAGUGCAAAGGAAAUCGGAAUGAAAUGAACUAAACAUCUGGGAAAGGAGAGAGCGGGGCCUCACUCACCACAACACCCAAAUAUAACUCUCCCAACUUCCACCUCAGAAACUAUAAUUGUUGUAAACUACAGCGGUUCAAUGUUUUCUAGGAAAUGCAGUUAUGAGGUGCGCAGACGACUAAGGUUAACCCAACUGGCAGAUGGCGCUACUAUGCUACCUACCAAGGAGUCCAUGGACUGCAGUGGCUUAGCUCAAACUUCAUCUGACUGAGAUCUACUACGGAAAAGCCAGAGACAGCGAGACACCUUGAUGAGACCCCUCCCUCAGAUGACUAGUCAAGCCAUGAACGACUUUGAAGCGCUUUGAGAUUCUUUGAAAAGUGCUAUAUGAAUGUAAUAAAUUAUUAUUAUUCCUUACGUUGUUUGUCAUCUGCGUCCAACUGGAGUCUAUGCACUCUACGGCCUUGCAGCCUGAAUGGAGGAUGUUUUAUACUGAACCAAAAUAUAAACGCAACAUGCAACAAUUUCAAAGAUUUUGCUGAGUUACAGUUCAUAUAAGGAAAUCAGUCAAUUGAAAUAAAUUAAAUAAAUUAGGCCCUAAUAUAUGGAUUUCACAUGACUGGGCAGGGGGGUGCAGCCAUAGGUGGGCCUGGGAAGGCAUAGGCCCACCCACUUGGGAGCAAGGCCCACCCAAUGGGAAUUAGUUUUUUCCCACGAGGGCUUUAUUAUAGACAGAAAUACACAGAAAUAGACAGAAAUACUCCUUAGCACACUCCCUCAAAACUUGAGACAUCUGUGGCAAUGUGUUGUAUGACAAAGCUGCACAUUUUAGAGUGGCCUUUUUUUUGUCCCCAGCACAAGGUACACCUGUGUAAUGAUCAUGCUGUUUAACCAGCUUCUUGUUAUCUUGACAAAGGCUAAAAUGCUCACUAACAGGGAUGUAAACUGAUUUGUGCACAACAUUUGGGAGAAAUAAGCUUUUUGUGCAUAUGGAACAUUUCUGGGAUUGUUUAUUUCAGCUCAUGAAACAUGGGACCAACACUUUACAUGUUGCAUUUAUAUUUUUGUUCAGUGUAUGUACGAGCCGGUCCCCGGGGGUCACGAGUGUAUAGCCGGCUGCAUAGACUCCAGUUGGACGCAGACAGAGUGGAAGAGGCGAAGCGAGAGGGAUAACUGGGCCUAAAAUCUGUCUUCUCCAGCAGGUGGCUUCUUUUAAUUUUUUCGCUCACCAAGCGAGGAUUUUUGUAUGGAGGUCAAUGAGUGUCGAAUUUGGUUAACAAAAAAAUGUAUGGCUUAUUUGCUACGUGUGGCUUAUUUGAUCGACUAGAACUUUCGUAAUGAUUAGGUUGUUACGAGUGUACUGAUAUAAGUAGGACGUGACAUCACUGCAACUAAGAAAAAACACUUUAUAUCGGAGUUGUGCCUGGUCGUCACUAGAUCCCACAGCCACAAAGUCAUAAACUCCGCCUAUUUCUAAAAUGUAUCUUCUUAAAAUGUGAUUUUAAACCUAACCCUAACCACACUGCUAACCUUAUGCCUAACCCAAACUUUAAAUUCAGACCAAAAAGCACAUUUUUGUUUUCAUGAUUUUUUACGACAUAGCCAAUUUUGACUGUACGUGGUUGUGGUAACUGUUGUGCCUGUUGUUCACAUGCAUAUAUAAUAUGCCAUUUAGCAGACGCUUUUAUCCAAAGCGACUUACAGUCAUGCGUGCAUACAUUUUUUGUGUAUGGGUGGUCCCGGGGAUCGAACCCACUACCUUGGCGUUACAAGCGCCGUGCUCUACCAGCUGAGCUACAGAGGACCACUCAUUAUAUAUGCCCUCUCAUUGACUAGAAUGGUCCCACCUGAUAUUGCCUCCUCCCGCCUGUAUUCCAUUUUUGAAGUCAUUUAUUUUCAUUGUUAGAGCGGCCACUAGAGUAUCUGGUCGAUAUAAUGGAUAAUCUGUGACGCACAUAACAAACGACGUAAAAGGAAUAACUGCGCCAUCUGAAGGCCGGUUGGGCUAUACUCAGGAUACUUCAGCAUAAAUUGGCUUGGCCGUUGAGAUGCAUCUGGGAUAUUAUGUUUUAUAUCAUCAACACUCCUUCUCUUUCUCUCUCUAAGGUCCAUCAUGCAGACGCUGAGCGAGAACAAGACUUUGUUAACGGAGAUCCUGUCUGCGGACUCCAGCUACAUCCUUCAGCAUGUGCAGCAGGAGAAAAUAGUGACUCAGCGGGACUACAAAAACCUAAACAUCCCCAAUCAGUCCGAUGAGAAGACUGUCAUCAACCUGCUGGAUAAAGUGAUGAAUAAAGGAGAUACAAAAUGCUGUGAACUCGUGAACCUGCUGCAGAAACCACAUAUUAUAGACAACUACCCUAGACUGGAGGAAAUAUUCAACAACCACCCAGCACCCAGUGACCCCACCUUCAACCCAGCCCCAACAGUUCCAAUUCCCUGUACAGGUACCACACACACUGACUACUAGUACUACUAGCUUUGCACCACGACUCUGUCAUUGUUUACUGACACAACAACCAGACAGUACAGAUUACACACUACAUGACUAGACUAAUUUACAGAUCAAUCAACUGACAUCAGUGCUACUGUUCUACUGUAUUAGAUAGCUGGUAUCAGGUAUCUAACUGUGUUUUCUGUGUUUUCUAGAUACUUCUGACCUGGAAACAGUGGUCACUAUUGGCGAUGAGGUGAUAACCCCUCAAUCUACAUUUAAAGUGUUUAUUAACUAAAUAUAUUACACCUGACAACUGAUCAUACAGUUCAGAGCAAUUACACAAGGCAACAAUAUACAAUAAUACACAGAACCAAAACUUAACCUGUCUUCUCAUCGCAACACAAUUCUCCUUCAGCACACACAGCGAACACACAAAGCCUUAUUCGCCAGUCAAUGAAGGCUCCAUUCAAGCCAAACCUAAUACUAGGAAAAGUUAGUUUUACGAUUAGGGCUCUAUUUAUACAAACCUAACGCAGUGGUCAAUCUAUACGUUGGCGGCAGCGCUAUAAAUUCGGGGGUGUGUCAGAAGUAUUUGUGACAUUUUCACACCCACAAUUAUGGGGCGGUUGCUGUCCGUGGCGCGAAAGGGCUGGGUUUUAAUGAAUAAAUAUGUUGCGGUGUGUCUAGGCAUGGGCCCUCUAUGGCCAAUCAGAACGUGUGCCAUGGCUAAAUAUGUGGUUGCUUAAAGUUGUGUAUUUAUGGUAUUUUAUGCAUUGCGUCCAAUUUGAAUGUUAGUCCGUUAUAGCCUAUUUCGUGAAAUAGCCUGCCCCAUAUUUGCUAAAUAUGUUGAACAUGUUUGCAGUUAACAUUGUUCUAAUUGUAUUGCUUCAAUAUGGAAAUACAUUGUCAAACAUAGGUUAUAGCAUUUCCACUGAUAUAGGGGCUAGCCCUGUAAAUUGCAGUCUAGACAUGGACAUGCCAAACGUAGUCAAUCAGCAAGAUUGAAUUCACUAGGCUAUUGAUAAGGCCUAAAAAGACAGGGUAUAAAUUAGAAUUAAAAUAAAAACGAAACAACUUGUUUUUAAAUAGGCUAUGUCUAACUACAGUUACACGCACUAUAAUUGCUCCCCGUAGGCGUAUUAUACAGAAAAGGCAACUUAGACUAUGGAGGGUUUUAUGCGCAUCCUAACUUUUCACAGGAGCUGGAUACUGUUUCAAUAUAAAGAGAAAGUGGAAAUGUCCAUUCACCGUUAUACUGCUCGCAAAUGUAAUGUUAUAUAAAACAUCAUGGAACCAUUUUACAGGGAGCAGACGAAAUUGCAAUGCAUUCGAGCCAUGUAGCCUACCGUUAUCACCAUAAACCCAUGGAUGGUUAAUAUUUCUAAUAAGUAUGGUUUGUAAUCAGGUUAAACAAAAUACAAUCUGCUUUUUAAACCAACAACAACAUUUCUAAAUAAGAUCGGGUCAGAAGCCUUAUAUCAUAAAUGGCUUCUCUCGUUCCAUGGCACUGUGUGCACACGUAAGCCUAAAUGUACGCAUAACAUUCGCACGUCAAUACAAACUACUAGGCUCCUGUCAAUUGUAUGGUUGCCUAUGUGCUAGGCAGAUUCUCAAAGAAAUCCGCCGUUGAUAUGGCAUUAUAGGAGGAUUAAAUAGUUUGUAGGAGCGCGCCUGUCUUUGGUAAUCGGACAUGGGGUGCUCUUUGAAAAUGGGGAUGGAUAGCCACCUCGAACUAGCGAAAUGAAGUAUGCAGGUAUGUGAAUUGUGAAUAAUUAAAAACCAUGAGGGCACUCUCAGUAGGCCAUUUAAAACCCCUUUAUUUAUAGGCAAGUUGGUUAAUGGCCAGAAUAAAAAGACACCUAUUCACUUUUGCGGGGUUUUUUAAGGACACACCUCAAACAUUGUCACCCCUUCCACCUCAGGGCAAGUGCGCUGAUAUAAAGUAAAUUGCCAGUGCAUCAGUUUUUACAUGGCGAAAUUAAAGACUAACGUGCCCUUUCAGUGUGAUGUGAAAUGGCCUUUGUGUGUAAAUGGUCUCCUCGGUUUCCAGGUCAGUCUGUAUGAGAUGACCAGUGUACCCCGUGGUCUCUGUUUGAUCAUCAACAACGAGAUCUUUGAUAAACUGCGUGAAAGAACAGGAACAAACAAGGAUGCUGGUAUGUCAACGUUUUAUCCUCAAAAUCAAGCCUAAUUUCUCUAUUACAACAUCUGUCCAGCUUGCUCUUUUGCUGAUUCAGCUGAUUAUCAUGAUUUGAUGUGAUAGAUUGAGGAUACAGUGAAGUGAGAGGCCUCGUUGUUAAGUGUCUUGUCUUCUCCUACAGUGGAUCUGGCUAACAUAUUCAGCCGGCUGAAGUUCAGGGUGGUGAUGUGCAAGGACAAGACUGCAGUGGAGAUUCCCAGUGUGCUGAAGGUCUUCUCUGAGCUGAAGAAGUUAUCUGAUCUGCAACCGUACGAUGUGAAGGAGUGGAUUGGUGGUCAGUUCACUGAUCUAAAGGAUCUUCCUAAGCAUGGCGAUGCCUUCGUCUGCUGCAUUCUGAGUCAUGGAAAAAAGGAGGGCGUCUAUGGCACAGAUGGAACAGUUGUCCCCACCAUUGAUAUCCUCUCACCUUUCAACGGCACAAACUGUCGCAUCCUUAUUGAAAAGCCCAAGCUGUUCUUCAUCCAAGCGUGUCGAGGGAAUGACGUGCAGGGGGGCGUGUCGGUGAACAAGAAGCGUAAAGUUGAAGGGACAGACGGGGAACUGCACACAGACGACGGCCAAGUCCAAGACUACACCCUUCCAAUAUACUCAGACUACCUGGUUUUCAUGGCCAACGUAGAGCAGUAUAUCUCUAUCAGGAACCCGAAAUGGGGGUCCUGGUUCAUCCAGUCUCUGUGUGGCCAGCUGGAAAAAGGCUGCAGCGGGUAACAUCAGCUUGAAAUUCACUGCAGAGCUAUUGAUAUCGUCUCUGUGGAAUGACUGUGUUGACUUCUUUUAUGUUGUGUGUGUUUGUCUCCUGUUCUCUACAGAGGGAAAGACAUCCAUGCGAUCAUCACCCUGGUCAAUGCUGAAGUGAGCAAGAUGGACGGUAAACUUCCUGUUAAGGAUAAAGAUGGGAAAUUGAUUGGCUAUGAGAAGGUUAAGCAAUCACCGGAUUCCAGAAACACCCUGACUAAGACACUCAUCUUUCCUGCUGAGACCACGCCUACUUCAUAA